CAGGCUACCUCAGCAGACCACGUCAGCAGGACACGUCAGCAGUGCCACGUCAACAACCAGUCGCCGCAGCAGCAGGUCACGUCAGUGCAUGGUGCUCACCCGCUCAAAGACAAGCGACAUGGAUCAGCAGACGGGAGAGACUAUCGAGGCCUAUGAGACCCGCAUGCUGUACAUGGUAGCAGAGUUCAAGCAACGGGAAGCUGCAGCAACAUCCGCACGUAAGAAGAAAGAUGAGGAAGCAGAGGAACAUCGUCGCAUCGCUGAACAACAGCGACAAGAGGACGCCGAGCGCCGUCGACUACGCCGAGACAAAAUCCUCAAAUCCGAGGGGGACAUCGAGGUGAUCGCCGGCGAAUGGGCAGUGGCUGCUGAAGAGGAGGAUGCCCCCCCUGCUGUGGGUGGCCUUGCAACCACAAUCAAACAUAUGAUCGACUUGGUCGCCACCUAUGCAGCACAGCAAGAGGAUAUCCUCUGCGUGGACACCUUGGUCCGGAAGCAGGCUCGACUUAUCGACGAACUGCUUAACCGGGUACGCCGGCUGGAACAGCAGCCUACAACAGCCACCCCCGCCGGACCCUCCAACUUGACGGACCGCAUCAACGUCUUGGAAAUCGACGUCGGGACUCUCAAGGACGGUGCUCUAGCGACAAAUCAGCGGAUUGACCAGCAGAUUUGUGCCGCCGUAGCCAUUCCGACCGCGACUACUCGCGAGAGCAUUCCGAAGUUUGACGGCAUACUGAUCUUCUGUGAUGCGGUGGCGCCAGUUUCAGUUGAAGCCGGACAUCCACAAAGUCAGCGCGGCGAACCGGUACUCAUACCUAUACUCCUGAUCAGGGGGCACGUGCCAGACGUGGCUGGACAACAUGUUGUCCACGCACACCGUCGCAGUCUCCGAGCUGCAUACGCAAAUCAGUUGGCCUGAUCUCAAGGCAGCAUGGCAUAAGAGGUUCCAAGUGGAGCCACCCGAGCUUCAGGCAGUCGAGAAACUUCAACGGUUCUAUCAGAACGACCUGCCAAGCACGGACUGGAUAGCCGAGUACCAACGCUUGGCGUCCACACCCAACUUGUCGUCGACCUUUGUCGGCAUCAAACAUUUCUUCAUCAGGAGGAGUUGUCCAGCGUUGCAAAACGCCUUGACGCAAGUUGCGGAGACGCUCACCACAAGUGAGCAACUUUUUGAUAAAGCCUCGCAAAUCAG